AUGGUGGUAGUAACACCUGAAAAACCGAAAUCUUCACUUAAUUAUAUCGAUUCUGAGAAAACAAAUUUAAGUAAAGAUUCGAUUGUUGAAGAACCAACAGUUACUGCGGCUGUUUUUACAAAAGAUGAUCCAAAUCUACCAUGUUUGACAUUUAGAUUUUGGGUUAUGAGUACGUUUUUCACCUCGCUUGGCGCAGCAAUAUCACAAUUCUACUAUUUCCGUCCAAAUAUUGGAUAUUUUUCCAUCUUUUUUGUGGUACUUGUAUCAAAUUAUAUUGGAAAAUGGAUGGCAGCUUUACUUCCGACGAGGAAAUUUCGAAUUUGGCGAUGGGAAUUCAGUUUUAAUCCAGGUCCGUUCAAUAUCAAAGAGCACGUUUGUAUAACAGUAGCUGCAAGUACUGGAGGUGUAUCAGCUUAUGCUACUGACAUCAUUGCCAUUCAAGAACUUUUCUAUCACCAGACAAUCAACUUUGUUACAGGUUUCCUAUUGCUUAUGAGUACUCAAAUUUUGGGAUAUGGACUCGCAGGAUUUCUUAGAAAAUACCUAGUUCGUCCAGCAAACAUGAUUUGGCCGUCUAACCUUGUAUUCGCAUCCAUGUUCAAUACGCUUCACGGCAAUUUGUCCGAAACACCUCCAUACGAUAGGUUAAUAAAUAGGUUAGGAAGCGGUUAUCAUGGUGUAGGACUUUUAAAUUUUUCAUUAGAUUGGAAUGCGAUUGGUCAAGUUGGACCGUUAUUUACUCCAUGGUGGGCCCAAGUGAAUUACUUUUUUGGUGCAAUUGUUGGUGCAUGGAUCAUUGCUCCACUUUUAUACUAUGCCAACGUCUUUGAAGCACAGAAAUUUCCAUUUAUAGCUAGAUAUUCUUUGGAUAAAUAUGGACAAAAAUAUAAUCAAUCGGCAAUCAUCGACGAAGAAACUGGAUCCUUAAACAUCACGGCUUAUGAGAAUUAUAGUCCAGUAUAUUUAUCAGUUACCUUUGCCUUUUCCUAUCUAUAUUCCUUCAUAUCGAUUACUUCAGCUAUGAUGAGAAUUUAUCCAGAAAUUCCAAAUACGUGGUACGCUAUAAUCUUUAUUGUUAUGUUAAUAAUUGCCAUCAUCCUUGGAUAUAAAACGGAUGCGAAUUUACCGUGGUGGGGGCUGCUUUUAGCUGUUGGAUUAGCAGCAGUCAUGGUGCUUCCUAUAGGUGUAAUUCAAGCUAUCUCCUUUAAUCAAGUUGGAUUGAAUGUGAUUUCUGAAAUGAUUUGUGGUUAUAUCCUUCCUGGCCGUCCUAUAGCCAAUGUUUACUUUAAAUGUUAUGGUUUCAUGACAAUGAGUCAAUGUCUUCUCCUUGUUUCCGAUCUUAAACUUGGUCAUUAUAUGAAAAUUCCUCCACGUUCUAUGUUCGUUUCUCAAAUGUACGGUACAGUCAUUGGAGGCCUUAUAAAUUAUUGGGUUUUAAAGCUUAUUAUUAUAUCAAAACGACCAUAUCUUGAUGGAACAAUGGAUGACCCAACCGGUCAAUGGACAGGAUUUAGAUCACAAGUCUUUAAUACGGCAUCAAUAGUGUGGGGUUUGAUUGGACCGGCAAGAACGUUUGGCUCUGGUUCUAUAUAUAACCCACUUUUAUGGGGAUUUGUGAUUGGGUUCGUCGCACCAGUUCCGUUUUAUUUAUUACAUCGAAAAUUCCCAAAACUUAGACUGGAUUUAGUAAAUAUACCAUUAAUUUGUACUGGAUUGCAAUUACUUCCUGAAAACUACACAAACUUUAUCAUUUCGGGAAUUUUUGUAAGUUUUAUGAGUCAAUUCUAUGCCUAUAGAUACAAUCGUCGAUGGUGGGAAAAGUAUAAUUACGUGCUUUCUGCUGCAUUUGCUAGCGCAGCACAAAUUGUAACGAUGAUUAUUUUCUUUUUUCUUAAUGGUGUUAUUAUGAAACCGUUUCCGGAAUGGUGGGGGAAUAAUCAUGAAACUCAAGGCGAAAGAUGUUUUGCUCAAGAUAAAUAA